CAUAAGCCAAAAAGGUGGGAGUACUACAUAAAAUUGGGUCAACAUAUCAAGGAGAUGAUUUAUUUCUUCUAACACCCAAACAACUCUUUCCACUUUGAUUUGGCCUUCUUCUCUCUUUCUCAAAUUACAGAAGAAUUUUAUCUUGAAUAAGAGAAGAAGAUGAAGGGGAAUGCUAAAGAGGAGGAAAAGGGAGCAAAGCCAUCAAAGAAUGAAAUUUUUGAUUUAUGUGGUCCUUCACACCUUAAAUGUGUUGAUUGGAGAAUACCAGAUCAUAGAAGAUCAAUUGCAGCAAGUUUAGUACAAGGAGUAUACAUUCUUGAAAGAGACAGACAACAAAACAGAACACAACACAAAGCAUUAGCCCCAAUUUGGUGGCAUUUUUUCCAUUUCCAAUGCAUUCAAAUCCUUGUAGACCGAGUUGAUUCCUCCACAUUUGGAGCCAUCUAUCAAUACAAACCUUACAACCCUACUUACCCCCACUCCUUACCAUCCCAACAUCUACCUCCUAACUAUGUCAUUGCCUUUAGAGGAACUCUCAUCAAACCCGACACUCGAAAACGAGACCUCUAUUUGGAUAUCCAAUUAGCCCUAAAUGGGUUAACCCGAAAUACUCGAUACCAAAUCGGGUUUCAAGCAAUUCAAUCCAUAAUAGCCAAAUCUGGACCCACAAAUGUAUGGUUAACAGGACACUCACUAGGAGCAUCUAUUGCAUUACAAGCUGGUAAAGACAUGGCUAAAAAAGGGUGUUUUAUAGAAACUUAUCUAUUCAACCCACCAUAUGUUUCUGCCCCGAUUGAAAAACUCAAAUACCCGUAUUUAAAAACGGGUGCCCGGAUUGCUACUAGUGUUGUAACAGCUGGUCUUUCCCUUGCUCUAAAGGGCACAAAAAAUGAUGUUAAUAGUACUAUGCAUUAUGACCCGUUUAGGGUACUUGGAUCCUGGAUCCCAUACUUGUUUGUGAACCCAAAAGAUCCGAUUUGUUGCGAGUAUAUCGGGUAUUUCGAGCAUCGAGAGAAGAUGGAAGGAUGGGGUGUAGGAGGAAUUGAAAGGAUUGCAACAAAGGAUUCUGUUGUGGGUUUGAUAUCAGGUGUAUUAGGGAGAGAUGGGGAGGCAUUACAUCUAAUCCCUUCAGCAUUUGUUGUCAAGAAUAUGGUUGUGAAGGAACAAGAUGUAAAGGUAGCUCAUGGUAUUCAUCAAUGGUGGGACCCUCAUCCAUAUUGGCAUCCUAAACUUUACCAAUAUAGGUGACAUAAUCUAGGCUCGGGUAUUUGAUUAAAAACUCUAUUAAUAUUGAGUAGUGUAGGAUAUAAUUCGGAAUAAUGACAAUUGAAUUGGUGCGGUUCUGCAUAUGCAUAGAUAAGUGUUCGACCCAUUCUAUACUAAGAUCGAUCGUGGGUUUGCCCUGGUAAUUAUUAACUAUGCAAGAAAGAGUUGUGAUUUGCUUGCUCUUUUGUUUUUUUUCUUGGCACGCAGUAUCUUAUUUGUUUAUGUUGGAUCAAUUGCGAUUGUAGAAAGGAAUUCAUUGGGCUAUUUAUGGUAUUAGUUCUGUGAUUUUUUAUUUUUUUAUCCUCUAGCUGAUUAUUGUGACCUAUUUUUUUAGAUAAAGUAUGAUAAGAGUAUUUAGUAUUUGAGUA